GGCGCGAUCCUGCGCAGGCGCGGGGGCCACCCCUGGGACCCCUGGGCCUGGGGAAGGUUUGGUCCGCCAGCCCCCACGGCGUCCUGCGUGAGGAGGACGGGAGGGACGGAAACGCGAGCGGUACGUACGGCGCUCAGGACUCUGCGAGGCACGUGACGUCCGCGAAGGCAGGUUCAAACCCCUGACAAUUUUGAAAAGAGCCCAACUGUAAAACAUUGUGCUGAAGUCUGGGAAUGAAAAGUCGAACAAGGCAUCGGUGAUUGGUCUGGACAGUCUCUCCUCAAGGAGAGACAGCUGCUAGAGGCCUGCUGGAAGCAUAUGUUCAUGGAGGGACUUGCUUCUCACCUCUGGUGCUAAUAACACUCGAACGUCUUAGUGCUCCUGGGCCUGAGGACGAGGGCCAACUCCCUAAAGGAAAUGUCUUUCCUCCAGGAUCCAAGUUUUGUCACCAUGGGAAUGUGGUCCAUUGGUGCGGGAGCUAUAGGGGCUGCUGCCUUGGCACUGCUUCUGGCCAACACCGACAUAUUUCUGCCCAAGCCCCAGAGAGCAACGCUGGAUUAUCUGGAGGAUAUAGACCUGAAAACACUGGAGAAGGAGCCAAAGACUUUCAAAGCAAAGGCCCUCUGGGAAAAGACUGGAGCUGUGAUUAUGGCUGUGCGGAGGCCAGGCUGUUUCCUCUGUCGAGAGGAGGCUGCGGACCUGUCUUCCCUGAAGCCCAGGUUGGAUGAGCUGGGUGUCCCCCUCUAUGCAGUGGUCAAGGAGCAGGUGAAGAAUGAAGUGAAGGACUUCCAGCCUUAUUUCAAAGGAGAAAUCUUCCUGGAUGAAGAGAAAAAGUUCUAUGGUCCCCAAAGGCGGAAGAUGAUGUUUAUGGGGUUUGUCCGUCUGGGUGUCUGGUACAACUUCUUCCGGGCCCGGAGUGGAGGCUUUUCUGGAAACCUGGAAGGCGAAGGCUUCGUCCUUGGGGGAGUUUUUGUGGUGGGACCAGGAAAGCAGGGCAUUCUUCUUGAGCACCGAGAAAAAGAAUUUGGAGACAAAGUAAAUCCAGUUUCUGUUCUGGAAGCUGUCAGGAAGAUCAAACCACAGACUUCAGCCUCAGAGAAAAAAUGAUCGUGUGCAACUACCCAGCUCAGGGAUAACUAGUGAUCUCACCUGUGUUCACAGGAUGUGUUGUUUCCACUCCUGUCCCUAAGGUUUCCAUAAGUUAGAAACCCACUUAUGCCAUACUCUCCAUAUAGACCAUUAACAUAUCUUAAUAUUGUUCUGUUUAGGCCUAAUAAAACAAAAUAGCCCCCAAACAAGACUGUUAAAAAUCUUAAGAAACUAGUGAGGAUUAUUUCAAGUAAAACCUGGAAAAUCUGAGGCUUAAGUUGAUGGCUAUACCUGAUGACAAACAUAUGUGGUGUUUGAGUGCUUUUAUUUGAGAUUAUUUUUAUUUCCCUGUCUUUAAAAAUCUAAUAAAAGUUGAUAAUUGACUUGAAGAUUAAGGAUAUAAGAUUUUUGGCUUGUGUUUUCAAUGAAUGAUUUAUUAUAUAAUGUUAAAGUAAUCAUAUAAAAGAAUUGAUGUGCUUUGGAUGGCUUGAUAAAGGUAAAUUAUGAAGUGAAAUCUUUUAUUUUUCAUUGCCUUCCAUUCUAAUCUUGGAGAUUUGUUUUUUUUCUAGAAGAAAUGAUCAUCUCUGGCUUUAACAAAAUUAUGUAUCAGAAAUUGCCCACAUAUACAAGUUUUUCUGUUAAGAGUAACAAUAAAAAAUAUUUACCAUAA